AUGGAAAUAUCAGAAUUCCCCAAAUAUCAAGUGGUUGGCGAAGAAAUCCAUGUUGGUUUGCCCAUGGAUAAAUUAUACGAUGUCCAUGGAGAAGCUGAGGGGCAGGUCAUGACACCUACGGUGCCACGAGCACCGUCUGCGACAGCUGGUACUGAAGGCACAGACGCAUUAGCGGCGGCUGUGAAUCCGAUCAUCACAAGCGCUAGGCUCAACACAACGACACUGUACGUCAAGGGUGCCGGAACAAAACCGUGGAGAGUACUAUUCGGAGGAGCCGUAGAGGAUGGUGGUGGUCUCGGUUCUGCAGGUUGUGAAUUUACAUACAAGAUGGAGAGUGUGCGGACAAAGCGAAAAAAAGGUAGUUUUUUGACCGCUUGA